CGAAGGAGUAGUAUAAUAUACUAUUGUUUUGAUCACUCUUUCAAUCCUAUAUAAAACCCAUGAAUUAGACAACCUCUCCUCGUAACCAAACAAACCCAUAUAGAAAGAUGGUGACAAGCAUCGAGUCUCACACUACUGAUGAGCUCCGCCAACCCAUCUUACAACCCAAUCCACCGCCACCAUCAGAACCACCGUCCGCCGCAUACCAGCCAAACUCCGAGCUAGAAAAAGUGCUAUCAGACACCCAACUACCACCCUUCAAGCGGCUGCGGCUGGCCAGCUGGAUUGAAUUAAAGCUGCUGUUCCGCCUCGCCGGACCGGCGGUGAUGGUGUACUUGAUUAACAACUCUAUGUCUGUGUCCACCCGGAUUUUCUGCGGCCACCUCGGGAACCUCGAGCUCGCGGCCGCCUCUCUCGGCAACCAGGGCAUCCAGUUGUUUGCUUACGGCCUCAUGCUUGGAAUGGGAAGUGCGGUGGAGACUCUCUGCGGUCAAGCGUAUGGAGCCCACAAGUACGAAAUGCUUGGGGUCUACCUCCAGAGAGCAACGGUGGUACUCUCCGCAACCGCUAUCCCGUUAACGGUGAUCUACCUCCUAUCGGAAAAGAUCCUUUUACUACUGGGGGAAUCAACGGCUGUGGCGUACGAAGCGGCGAUUUUCGUCUACGGACUCAUCCCACAGAUCUUUGCGUACGCCGUCAAUUUCCCAAUACAGAAGUUCCUGCAGUCGCAGAGCAUCGUGGCCCCCAGCAUGUACAUCUCAGCGUCCACUCUUGUGCUGCACCUGGUGCUAAGCUGGGUGGUGGUGUACAAGAUUGGGGCGGGGUUGAUAGGGGCGUCACUGGUGCUGAGCCUGUCGUGGUGGAUCAUAGUGGGGGCCCAGUUCAUUUACAUCUUGGUGAGCGAUAAGUGUAAGGCCACGUGGACCGGCUUCAGAACGGAGGCCUUCUCUGGGCUAUGGGAGUUCGUGAAAUUAUCAUCUGCGUCGGCAGUGAUGCUGUGCCUGGAGACGUGGUACAUGCAGAUUCUGGUGCUGGUUGCCGGACUGCUCCCAGACCCUGAGCUUGCCUUGGAUGCUCUCUCCGUCUGCUUGUCGAUAAACGGGCUACUUUUUAUGGUUUCUGUUGGCUUCAAUGCAGCUGCUAGUGUAAGGGUUGGAAAUGAGCUUGGAGCAGGGAAUCCGAAAUCGGCAGCUUUUUCUGUAUUAGUGGUGAAUCUAGUCUCUUUUGUCAUCGCCAUCAUCGAAGCAAUGGUGGUUCUAUCUCUCCGGCAUGUCAUCAGCUAUGCCUUCACUAGCGGCGAGACGGUGGCUGAUGCUGUCUCUGAACUCUGUCCAUUCCUUGCCGUCACUCUCAUUCUCAAUGGGGUCCAACCAGUCUUGUCCGGUGUGGCUGUUGGGUGUGGAUGGCAAGCAUUCGUGGCGUAUGUGAAUGUGGGAUGUUAUUACUUUGUUGGACUCCCAAUCGGCUGUGUUCUCGGCUUUAAGUUUGAUCUCGGCGCUAAGGGGAUAUGGUCCGGAAUGAUUGGGGGAACAGUAAUGCAGACCAGCAUCUUAAUUUGGACAACUUAUCGAACAGACUGGAACAAAGAGGUGGAGAAAGCUAAGAACCGUUUGAAAAAAUGGGAUGACAUAAAUGAGCCACUCCUAAAGGACUCCACUGAUGCUGAAGAAGCUCUCAAUGUUGCUUCUCAAUAACUAGAGAAUUGGGCUGAAGGAUUACACCUUUACAUCUAUCAUUUUUGUCAUAACUAGUGGUGAAAUUUUCUGCUCCCUCCGUCCCUAAAUAAGUAUUCGGAGCGCGCAAAUCUAAGCCUUUAAAAAAAUGCAUUUGUUUCGCUAAAAAAAUCAAUUUUUUUUCACAAAUGAAUAGAUAGCAAUGAGUUCUAUUAGAUUGUAAAAAAAAAAUUAGAUUUUUUAACAAAAAAUAUGCUUCUUUUAUAAGGCCUAGGUUUGCGCGCCGGACACUUAUUUAGGGACGGAGGGAGUAUUAGUUUACCAUUCUUAAUUAUCGAUCACUCUCAAAGAAACGGCAUGGUUUUGUUGAGGUUUUGUUUCUGGCAUGAAUUUGGGAACUGAUGUAAAGUGGGUCACGGCUACGUUCUUUGAGCGAUUGGAUCAAGCACAGCCCCAGCCACACUAGAGGCGGGGCGACGGUGGCAGAUUGACCUGUGGGCCUCAGGAUUGAUGCGAAACGGCCCACUGAUCAAUACUCAUCGUCCUACGGAAGAUGAUCAACGAUGCUUUUCGGCUGUUCGAUGUUGUUUAGCCUUCCAAAAGGUCUAUUUUACUGUUUAUAUUAUUAUUUAGAUUGCUAAUAACUUUUGUAUGAUGAAUUUGUGGAUGGAUUUGUUUUUGGGAAAAAAGAGGACUAAAGAAGAGAUAAGAAUAUACUGGACUUAAGAUCCAGAGCUAGUUUUUC